CCCAGCCCCUCUUGGAGCCUGUGUCCCACUGCCAGUUUCCCAUGUGGGGUUUGUCAUAAGGUGGAUCCAGGAGUUGGUCUUGCUCUCUUCUGGGUGACGCGGAUUGGAAAGGGUUCUGCAAGCAAUCUUUUAACCCCAUUUUGUAUAAAACACCUGUAAGUAAGUCUAAAUUGCUUCAGAGGAGCCAUGAAGUGGAGGUGGGUGCUUGUGGCAGUCUUGCUGUCAUUCGGGGGGCUGUCACUGGGCAAGGAGAGCUUGGACUUCCCUGAAUAUGAUGGCAAGGACCGCGUCCACGACCUCAACGCCAAGAACUUUAAGUCUGUGAUGAGGAAAUAUGAUGUUUUGGUGGUGUACUACCAUGACCACCCCGGAUCCAGCCGCGUCGCCCAGAGACAGUUUGAGACUGAGGAGUUGGCUCUUGAGCGUGUAGCCCAGGUCCUGGACGAAUUUGACGAUGAGGACAUUGGAGUCGGUCUCCUCGAUGCAAAGCUAGACAAGGCGGUUGCAAAGAAAUUGGGCCUCGAUGAGUCCGACAGCAUCUUCAUCAUCACAGACGAUGAAGUCAUUGAGUACGAUGGCGAACUUGAGGCGCACACUCUCGUGGAGUUCAUCUUUGAUGUUCUUGAGGACCCCGUGGAAAUUAUUGACAACAGCAGAGAACUGAAGGGCUUUGAAAACAUCGAAGAGGACAUCAAACUGGUGGGCUACUUUAAGAGUCACAAAUCAGAACAUUUUGAGGCUUUUGCUGAUGCUGCUGAAGAGUUUCAUCCUCACGUCAAGUUCUUCGCCACAUUCAAUCCCAAGGUCGCUAAGGCUCUGGAGCUGAAGCUCAACGAAGUCGACUUUUAUGAACCCUUCAUCGAGGAUCCUGUGCUCAUCCCUGGAAAGCCUUACUCUGAGGAGGAGCUGGUGAAAUUCAUCGAAGACAAUGACAGACCAACCCUGAGAAAGCUGCAGCCCCACAACCUGUACGAGAUUUGGGACGACGAUGUUGGUGGAGAACACAUUGUUGCCUUUGCAGAAGAGUCAGAUAUCGAUGGUUUUGAGUUCUUGCACAUCCUGAAGCAAGUUGCUGAGGAUAACACAGAAAACCCUGAUCUCAGCAUUGUCUGGAUUGACCCUGAUGACUUCCCGCUGCUCGUGCCACACUGGGAAAAGACUUUUGGAAUUGACCUGUCCCACCCACAGAUUGGUGUCAUUGAGGCUGACGAUGCUGACAGUGUGUGGAUGGACAUGGACGAUGGAGAAGACCUACCAUCGGUGGAUGAGCUUGAGGACUGGCUUGAGGAUGUAUUGUCGGGUGAAAUCGAUCCAGAAGAAGAUGAUGAUGAUGAUGAUGAUGACGAUGAUGACGAUGAUGACGAUGAUGACGACGAUGACGACGAUGACGACGAUGAUGACGAUGAUGACGAUGAUGACGAUGAUGACGAUGAUGACGAUGACGACGAUGAUGACGAUGACGACGAUGACGACGAUGACGACGAUGACGACGAUGACGACGAUGAUGACGAUGACGACGAUGACGACGACGACGAUGACGACGACGACGAUGAUGACGAUGACGAUGAUGAUGACGAUGACGAUGACGACGAUGAUGACGAUGAUGACGAUGAUGACGAUGAUGAUGAUGACGACGACGACGAUUAUUAAAUUCUCAAGUUCAAAUUUACUUUUUAAACUGACCAAUACAGUUUUGGGAGUCAACAUCAACUUCACUGAAUCCUCCUCUUUUGUAACUGUUUCUUACGCUCGUCCGUUCAUGUAGAUCUCUCUCAUCUGCUCAUUGUCCACUCUUGGCAUCUCACCAGAAUCAUCAUAUUCCAUUAUUUGUUGCUCCUUCUCCCUGACAAAUUGUCCUCCAUGUGACAAAAUACUCUAUGAUGCCACAAAACCUUUAUUCACACUUGUAACACUGUAUGGUGCAAUAAAAGAAGAUAUUCUUUCAAAUCUUUGUCACCUACUGCUAUUGAUUUUUAUAUGAUUAAAGUUUUUAUCUUCCUAAAAUCUGGAGGGGUUUCACUGUUUUAUCCCUAAUGUCAGAGCCCACAUGUGGUCUUUUGCUGUUUGAAUGUUUCACUCAGUUAUUCUUUUGUUUUCCAGUACUGAAUCCACUAAAAUCAAAGGGUGCUAUAGCAGUCUGUUGCAUUGUGUCUCAAACAUCACCAGCCUGAUAAUGUAAAGUCAGUGUGAAAGUGCUGUACAUCACAUGGAUGAAUGGGGAUUUAUAACUACAGCCAGAUUCUAUUUUUGUAACAAGAAAAAUUUAAUCACUGUAAAGUCUUAAAUAAAGGCCAACUUGGACAGAAAUUCA